GAAGGAUGAAGUAGUGCCUGAAUUGAACCUUCAAGGUACUUAGUUGUUAACUUCCAAUAUGACAUAUUCAAGUUCGACAAUACCAACGCCGUGUUUGGAUCUUGCUAUGGAGGGUGAGAGAUUUUGCCGUGAAGGGGAUUGGAAUAAAGGCAUAUCUUAUUUUCUUAAAGCACUAGCAAUCGGAACGGAUGAUCUUAGUUGUCUAUCGGUCGUUUAUUGUCAGUUAGGCAAUGCUUAUUUCUACCAACAAGAUUACGCCAGAGCCUUGGAAUAUCAUCGUUGGAACCUUGCUCUAGCUAGAAGAAUGGGUGAUGGUAUUGGUGAAGCAUUCGCAACAGGAAAUCUUGGUAAUACACUUCAAAUGAUGGGCAAAUAUGACGAGGCAAUAAUGUGUUUCACACAUGAAUUAGCAAUUGCUAGACAGUUAAAUGACAAGAGAACAGAAGCUGGAGCUCUAUACAAUCUUGGUAGUGUAUAUCAAGCUAAGGGGAAACAAUGGUUACCGGAUUCUGGUGAAUUUCCGGCUGAUGCAGUUAAAGCACAAAGAAAAGCUGCUGAAUAUUACAAAAUGGGUCUUGAAUUAGUUCGAGCACUUGGUGAUCGACCUGCUGAAGGUCGAGCUCUUGGUAGUCUAGCAAAUGCUUAUUAUUUACUGAGUAAUUUCACUGAAGCAAUUGAAUGUUAUAGAGAACGUUUAAAAAUUGCUAAAGAAUUUGGUGAUCUAACUGCUCAACGACGUGCUCAUAGUAAUAUCGGUAAUGCAUUUAUAUUUUUAGCUGAUUUCAAUGCAGCCGUUGAACAUUAUCGAGAAGCAUUACAAUUAUCAGUACGUUUAAAGGACACAUCACUUGAAGCUCAAGCUUGUUUCAGUUUAGGAAAUACAUUUAUUCUAUUAAGGGACCCAAGUACUGCUGUUGUAUUCCUAUUGAGACAUCUCAUUAUUGCUCGUGGUCUAUUCGAUCGUAUAGGUGAAGGUCGAGCACAUUGGUCAUUAGCAAAUGCUUAUACUGCCUUAAAAAGAUAUGAUCUAGCUUUACGUUGCUCUAAACGUCAUCGUCGAAUUGCUCGUCAGCUGGGUGAUACCACAGGCUAUAUGACUGCUCAACUGAUGAUUGGUGAAAUCUGUAACUUAAUGACAAGUACACAAACAGAAUGCUCUACUCUGAUUGGUGCUUCUUGUAAAAAUGAUCAAACGGACUCACAAUCAAACAAUUCAAAUUCAACCAUAAAUUAUUCGUCUGUACAACAGAGUUGUUUACUGGAUAUAAAUAAUUCGAAAUUAAAUGAAAAUAUUCUGUUCUUAAAAAAUAACCAUAAAUUACCAUGUGGUGCAAACAAUAACAAAUGUUGCAUUGAUGGGAAUAACAAUAGUGUCAGUACUAAUACUACUACUAUUUCUAAUCCUACUAAUACUAUUUUAACAAAUAAUAGUUGUACUGAUAUUAAUUUUUCAAAUAAUCCUCCCACUGAUCUUCAUAUUACUGAUGGAAGUAAUUCUAGUCUAAUAAAUGGAUUAAUUUCACAGUCAUUAUUGGAUUCCUCUAAAACAAUCGAUCCCUCUGCAAACACUGACGUUGUUAGUAGUCGAAUAGAGAUAAAAAGUUCACAAUCAACUGUAACUAGUAAUUUUUCUACUACCACUGUUCCUUCCCCUACAACUGUGACAGCGAAUAUAAUUGAUAGUAAUCAUACUACUGAAAAUCAUUCACAUAAAGUAGUAAUUAACAAUGAUAAUGGUAACGAUGAUGAUAAUAAUCAAGAUGAUCUAGAUUUGGAAUUGGAUAAAGAUUUAGAAAAUGAAUUACUUGAAAAUUAUGAAGGUAUACUUGAAACAGUGGAAUUUGUAACUGUUACAGAAGAUGGACAAACUGUCACUUCACAAAUGGGUUGUUUGGAUGUUCCAACACCUGUUCUAUCAGAGUCGAAAAAGGAAAACAUGGUUGAAUUUUAUUUAAGUGCUCCAUCAUUUCGUCCAAGUUUAUCACAACAAAUUGAUAUACCUAAUCUUCAAGAUAUUGAAGGCAAUUUAGAAUCAAUUGAAUCCAUGUCUCAGAUGAAUAGAAAUUCUAAUUUAUCAAGUGAAAAUUUAGAUUCUGGAAAUACAUGUAAUACUGUUGGUACUAGUUCGUCAGCAGUUGCAGUCGCUGCCGCAUCUCUAGUUGAAGAAGAACGUUCAGUAGAUCAACAAGAAAUGUUUUUCUCACUUCUACUUGAAUCACAAUCUCGUCGUAUGGAUGAACAACGUUGUUAUUUACGUACUACUGGACAAGGUACGCCACCCAUUCAAUCGACUGAAACAAAUAGUGUACAAGAGUCAAACAAUGUUCAGUUGUCAUCUGGAAAUUCUCGUCGUACACCCGACUAUGAUAACUCUUCACUUCGCAGUCAAAUUGGUACAAAUGAAGAAGCGUUCUUUGACUUAAUCGAAGGGGUUCAGGGUGCUAGAAUGAAUGACCAACGAGCCAACUUAUCUGUUUUCCCUGGUCUUCGUUCUGGUCCAGGUCUUCAUUUAUUAGAUAGCAAUAAUAAUACUACUACUCCUGCUAAUAAUAAUAACAACCGUUAUUUCGGUUCAACUAAUUCAGUGUUCAAAUCAACAAGUAGCUGUGCAAGUGAUGGUCUUCCAGAACCUAGACUACGCAAUAACAGCAGUAAUAAUGAUGAUGUCACUGGAUUAUUUGAUCACAAUCUAACCACCACCACUACAUUUCCUGCUACAAGAGCUAGUUGUGGUAGCUGUGAAACAGGAAGAGCGGUAAUAAGAGGAGGAGUAGGAAGUAAUGCUGCUGGUAGUGGUGUUGAUACACGUGGACGUCGCGGUCAUACUGUUUCAUCUACUGGUGAUUUGGACGAUGAGUUUUUAGAAAUGAUAUUUCGAAUUCAGACAUGUACACGAAUCAACGACCAACGAACCAAUCUACCUGAUCCCCUUACUCAAGUUCAAUCACAUACUAAUCCAACUCAUCGUAAUAAUGAUAAUGGUGAUGGUUCCAGGGGAAUUCGUCAACCAAUAAGUACAUCAGAAGCAACAACAAUAACAACGUCUAAUUCACACAGAGAAUUAACUUUAUAUACUUCAUCCGGUGCAUUUAAUAAUUUAACAAAUCGAUGUUCUGUCCCAGCUAUCGUUGAUGAUGAUGAUGGUGAUGCUAACGAUCUAUUUGCAUUAAUUCAGCGUGUUCAAUCGACACGUUUAGAUGAACAACGAUGUCGUCCACCGUUGUAAUAAUAUUGUCAUUAUCUAGAAUCAUGUUUAUCAAACUGUGUAUGUAUGUCUGUAUGCUACUACCGAUGGAACAAUUUUCAUGUUUGUAAACUCCCUAUACCAUUUGAUUUGUAAAAUAAUAGCCACAUGACUAAGUACGAAAUUCUAACAUUCUUCCCUCCAUAAAAAUCAAUUUUCGCGACAGUAGCCUUGUCGAGUGAUCAAUGUGGAGCAAUGAACAACAACAUGUAGGAUAAACAAUUGGGAGUGGAAAAAAAAAUUUGCCAGAAACGAUUGUGAAUUGUAUUAUAUAUUCUUUUCUUUUACUAAUCAUCACUUCGUCUUCAUCAUCAUCGAGACAUAUUUAUUUCAUAUCUUCACAGUUGAACGAACUUGUAUCUCCUUUGGAUUUUUUAUUCCUGAAUUACUAAUCUUUAAUUGAAAAUCGUGAUUCGUUACAAUUUUUUCCUUUGCUUUAUCUGACGAAGAUAACAUCUAAUUCAUGAUCAAUUAAAGGUUGAUAUGCUUUCUGGUGUUUCCUGCGUCUUGCAACUGAUUGUUCGCCUCCCCACUCCUUGCCCCCCCCAUUGUCAACAACAUUCCUUUCAGGUGUGUGUUGUCAUCUUGACUUUUUUCUUCGCAUUUCGAUAUCUAAUACAGAGGUUAUCUAUAGGUAGAUACUCUUGAUAAGUUUUGACGGGCUGAGUUCUUUUGUUUUUAGUAUAAACCAGCAGUAAAUAACAUUAAUAUUAAUCAUAAUGUAGCAGUAUAUAUCAGUAAACCAAAAUAGAUUAAAUAAGUACAUGUACAACAUGUAUAAAUAUUGCAUUACGUUCCCAUUUCUUCCUAUUGAACCAUGUUUAAUUUGCCCAAACUCACAAAGCACCUCAUAAUCCUAUUUAUUUCUACUUUAUGUGUGUGGUUUAUAAUGUAUUUGUGUGUUCCCAUAGAAACUUUCCAUUAUUAUUAUUACUAUUAUUCAAUAUGUGUGUAAACAAGUGAGUGUAUUGUGCAUGUACUUUGUACUGGUGAGUGUUCGCUUCCUCUCCGUGUCUGUCUGUCUAUCUAUCGGUGUGUGGUUCUUUUUGAUAUUCUUUGUUGUUGCAAUGUAUCUAACUACUAAUACAUUCAGUGUAGUUUUUUCUUCAUGUCACCACUUUCUCUCUGUCUCUUCUUCUCAUAGCUCUGUUUUCUUUUCUGAAUUGUCAUAUAGCGCAUUGUCCUUCUCUGUUUCUCGCGUAUAUCCAUGUUUUAUUCAGAAAAACAUAUUUAGUAACAAAGAAUAGAUGUAUUUUUUAAAUUUUAUUCAAUUGAAAAGAUGUUCUACAAUUUUUGGUUCUUUUGAUUCAACCUUGGUAGUAAUAUCGGGAAGUUGCUAAUCUAUUCGAAAAUAAUCCAAAUAACUUAUGUUGAACUAGUCGAUCAUCUGACAUUCUCAUUUCAGUUGUCAUUGUGUUUAGAGGUAGCUUUCUUCAGCUUAUUAAUCUCAUAUUGACUGCAUAUAGGUUUUAAUUUUUUCUCUAGUUCUACGUUAUUUAUAUAUCACUUGUUACAUGGUUAAUAGAUCAUGCAAAUCUCCACAUUCUUUAUUGUGCGAUUAGAAAGUCAAAUGAGAUUGGUCAUAAGUAGCCUUUAUUCUAUUUCGAACUUGAAAAAACUUGAUGGCAUAUAUGAUGAAAACAAGGCCGUUCAUUUACCAUAACACCUUUUAAAUCUCACUAAGUACAUAACUAGGAUGCACCACAUAUGAGCAAUUGUCAAUACGUAUAAAAUUAAGACAUUUUUUAUGCAAAGUCGGGUGACAGAUUUAUUGUAGUUAACUACCAUAUACCAACGGCCAAAAUAAAAAUUUUCAACGUCUUUUAAAAUGAUCCUGAGAAAUGUUUGCAUGCUUUUCAGGUUAUCAGAGAUGAAAAUAAUAAAUUAUUUAUUGUGAAAGUGAUUAGGAAGUAAUUUUUAUCCAGGCUAUAUACAUGGAUCUGUCAUUUUUCCGGAGACUUUGGGCCCAGCAUCUGAGAUGUUAAAGUUAUUGCUUUCUUAACCCUUUUGCAGUUGAUCUCCAUAUUGGUUUCUUCUUUAAGUAGGUCUUUUAAGGCUUGCAACUUAUUGCUGAGAUCUAUCUUGAACUCGGUGAGCUUGUUGGCAUUUUAAAGAACGGCUGUAUUAAAAUGUUAUUGUCCUACUUGUCUUACUAUCAAGCGCUUCAUUAACUUCAGUUUUAGCUUGACCAUUGCCAGCUCGUGACGUCAAGCUAUAUGGACUUUCUGAUUUUUAUAUUCAUCCCGAUCUGGUCGAUAUUGUUUCUUGUAGUGUGAAACCCAUGUAUCUUUGUGCAUGCGUUUGUGAAGGAAUGUGGUGCCACCUACAACCUUGUUAUUGAAAACACGCAGAUCUGCCAAUCGUUCAUCAUUCUCGUCCAUUUCGCUCCAUGUUGCGUUUAUAACAAGUAUUGUCCACCCGAACUUUGGCGUUCACAUACCCCGUCAGGAUGAAUUGGUGUUUCUCUGAGCAUUUGUCUAGAACGGACUAUAGCCUUUCAUGAAACUGAUAGUUGUUAUCUCUGUUUCUAUCAUUAGUGGUUGCAUAGCACUGGAUGACAUUCAUUAUUAUCUUUUUUAAAGAUGCUUUGAUAACCCUGGAGCAAUAGGUUUACCAUCCUCUAAGCGCUUCAGCGAUUCUUUGAACAACAGCGCCACUCCGCGCGUAUUUUUGGGAGUCAUUUUCUUCUUCAUCAUCAG